AUGGGGGUCCCAUGGAAGCCCCCCAGCACCUGCAAGCUGCUGGUCCUGCUGCUCACACUCCUGAUGCUGCAGGUGCAGGCGACACAUCCUGACUGCUCCAUCAUCCUCCACUUCCAACAGCAAGAGGCUGACUGUCUGGAGAUUAUCAGGAGGGAAAGCCAAACACCAGCCUCCCCUGGGCCCCCCAGGCAGCAGGGCUGCCUGACCCACUGGGAUGGAGUCAGCUGCUGGGGGGCUGUGCCCCUCGGCCAGUCCCGAGCCGUCUCCUGCCCUGACAUCCUCCAUAUCUUCAAGAAGUCCAAAGCUCUGAUCCAGAGGAACUGCACCGAGUCAGGAUGGAGCUCCCCCAGCCCUGCCUACGACACUGCCUGCGAGCUGGAGGAGAGCAGCAGCAGCAAUGACACCGAGGCCAAGGAAGGCUAUUUUGUCACCAUGAAGGUGCUUUACACCUGUGGCUACUCCACGUCCCUGGCUGCCCUGUUCCUGGCCAUUGGCAUCUUCUGCUGCUUCAGGAAGCUGCACUGCACCAGGAACUCCAUCCACAUCCACUUCUUCAGCUCCUUCAUCCUGCGUGGGGUCGCUGUGCUCGUCAAGGACUCCGUCCUCUUCUCGGACGCCUCCGCCGACCACUGCACCAUGUCCACGGUGAGCUGCAAAGCAGCCAUCACCUUCUUCCAGUACUCAGUGCUGGCCAACUUCUACUGGCUGCUGGUGGAGGGCCUGUACCUGCAGACCCUGCUGCUGCUCACCUUCACCUCUGACAGGAGCUACAUCUGGUGGUACAUCCUCAUCGGCUGGGGUGUCCCCAUGCUCACAGUCUGCACGUGGGUGCUCACCAGGCUGCAGUAUGACAACCAUGGGUGCUGGGAUGACCACAGCAGUCUCUACUGGUGGCUGAUCAAAGCUCCCAUCCUCCUGGCCAUAUUUGUGAACUUCCUCAUCUUCCUCAACGUCACCAGGAUGCUGGCACAGAAGAUCUGGUCCCCAGACAUCAGCAAAAGCUACAAGCAGCAGUACAUGAGGCUGACCAAGUCCACACUGCUCCUGAUCCCUCUCUUCGGGGUGCACUACGUGGUCUUUGCUCUCUUCCCCGAGCACACCGGCGUGGCCCCCAGGCUCUACUUCGAGCUGGUCCUCGGCUCCUACCAGGGCUUCCUGGUGGCUCUGCUGUACUGCUUCCUGAAUGGGGAGGUCCAGGCUGAGAUCAAGAGGAACUGGGGUAAGUGGCAGUCGUCCAUGGAGAGCAAUGUCUUCAACCUGGUUACUCAAGACUUCACAGCAUGA